AAAUAACAGUCAAUCAGUUGAUCCAUAUAUGAUUGCAACAGUAAAGGAAUUAUGAAUCCUGUCAACUGGUCUAGUAAUGACCAAACAGUUCUGUUUACUGAACAUUCAAAAGAUUUCUUGUUUGAUCGUACAAACGAUAACUUAAAGCCAAUACCUUUUCUUAAACAUAGCCAUGAAAUUCCUACAGAUUUACUUCAUCCAAAUUCAGUAAACCUUAUGCAUAAUGAGUUGAAGCGACAGGAUCAGUCAUUUAUUUCCGCUACAAAUGUUCAACGUGUUUAUCUAACUAAAAAGCAUCCAAAAUGCACCACAUCUGAUAGUAUUGAUUCAGAAUGUUUUAUUGAACCAUCAAUAGUUGUUUCAACUGGUGUAAGACGACGUGGUCCUAAAAAGAAACCAGAUUCACAAGAACGUGUUGUCAGAAUGAAAAUGCGACGUGCUCGAGCUAAUGCACGUGAACGUAGUCGAAUGCAUGGAUUAAAUUCAGCAUUAGAUGCAUUAAGACAACAUAUACCAUCUGCUUUAAUCGGUGGACAUAUUUCCUUUGAUCGUGAUAAAGAAGACAGUGCAACUAACUAUCAUACCAAUCAAGGGCAAAAUGAAUUAUUUCUGAAAAAUCAUCAAACCAAUAGCACAACAAAUCAGAUAAACAGCAAUAAUAAUAAUAAUAAUAAUAAUGCUAAUAAUUUUCAUCAAUUUGGUCAAAAAUUGAGUAAAAUUGAAACGCUUCGUUUAGCUUGUAAUUACAUUGGUCUAUUAGCUUCCAUAUUGAACAAUAUAAAAUUUGAAUCGAUUACAGAGAUUAUAAAAUAUUUAUGUCAUGGUUUAUCACAGAUAACAACCAAUCAAAUUGCCGCUGCUCUACAAAAUGAUCCUUCUAGAUUAAUGAAGCAUCAGGUAAUCGGUAGCGAUGAGAAUCAUUUAUUAUGCAACAAUACUUACAAAUCAUCAUCCACCUCAUCAUUAUCAUCAACAAAUUGUACAAAUUACUCGGAAACUGAUGAUGAUGUUAAUUAUACAGACAAAAUUCAACAAAAUGUUAUAAGGUCAAAUUUAUUACAAAAUAAAUUAGGCGAUAAACAAACAGUGAGCUAUUCAGAUUAUCAUUCAAAUAAUGUUUUGUUCACUGUACCAACAAAUCAGUCUACAUCAUUGUUGAAUGUUGAUCAAUCUAUAGGCAGUUGUUCAUGGAGUUACACUGAAUUAUUAAAAUCUCAAAAUUAUCUAUUAAAGAAUAAAUCAUGUGAAUUUGAAAAUUUAUAUGAUUAUGGACAGUAUGAAAUGAAUGAAUACAACUUGACAUUGCCUUAUUUUCCUGCUAAUUAUGAUGUAAACAUUGGUGCCAGUCAACCAAAUGAAUCAAUUGACCAUGAAAAUUGGAUUAGUAAAUCAAAAUUACAGCUACUGAGUAAUGAAGAAAUAAAUUUGACUUCUCCUUUAGAAACUAACAACAGAAGCAAUAUUUCGGCUGACUCAGAACAAUCAAAUUUCAAUUCAAAUUCUAGUCUAAAACCUUAUCCGUAUUAUUAUCAUACAGAUAGUCAGUAUUAUGAUUUAUUUUGAAUGUUGACUAGUAGUAGUACUACUAGUCAUACCAUUUGUAAUUACGAAACAUCUUAGAAAGUAACAAUGAAUAUGAUAAAUAAUGAUGAUAUUAUCAAUGAUGAUUACAAUAAUUUAACACAUUGUGAUAAUUACUAUGAUUUUUAUCAUGAUUGUUUAUAUAAAUUUACUUCGACAACCAUUUCACUUUGUUUCACCAAAUAAUGAACAAUGA